AUGGAGUACAAGGAUGAUUCCGAGUUCUUGGAUGAUAUCCAGAAGUCCAAAACCCGAUCCAAGGAAAUCGUGAGAAUGCAAAUGCACUUAGCUUAUCUUGAUGAAUCAGAGCCCGCAAGUGAAGAUGAAAAUCAAGCACCAGCUAAUGCCGAAGAAUUUAAAGUUGUCAGAAAGUUUAGCUUACAAAAAUUCCUUGAGGCACACCCAAUCUUAAAUGUCAAAGACCUUUGUAACUUUUCUUUGGAUCAACUCUUGUAUUUAGUUGAUGUUGUUCGCGAGCAUGAGUUUUCAUCCAGACGCGGUCGGAAAAACGGUUGUGAUCCAUUAGAUGCGUUAUUCCUAACAUUAACUUACUAUUGCACUUAUCUUCCAUUGCAAAAAAUGUCAGGAAUUGUUAGUUUGAAACAGAGUUACCUCAGCAAAAUCAUUAACAAAACAACAAACAGGAUGUUCCCAAUUUUCAUUGCUGAAUUCAUUCCAAAACAAUAUUCUCCCUGUGACAAGGAGUUCGAUAACUUUCCAACAUGUGUUGCUGCAGUUGAUAGCUCUACUAUUCCUUUUACCGUUCCUCUUGAUCUUGCUGAGCGUAAAAGUUCAUGGGAUGCUAAAAACCAUUGCAAUGGUAUGAAGGUUCAAGUUCUUGUUAAUCCUUUAGGACAGGUAAUUCACAUGAAUACAAGUUUUUUAGCUUCAGUUCACGAUAAGAAA